AGCCAGUUAGAAAAGGGGUGUGGAGAAGUGGUAGCAGAGGGGGCCCUAUAAAAUUGCCCGUGCACGAGCCACACUUUAUCCCGCCAGAGCCGCUCGCAGCCAGAGGAAAUCCCAGCCUCGUUCAGAGCCGCCGCACGCCCCAGCCACACACACACACGCCUCGUUUGCUCCAGGCUGCAGCCGCCAGCAGAAUGAAUGGACCCCGCAGAUGGACGGCCUUCAUGGCUGCCAGCGUUUUCUUGCUGUGCUAUGGAGUUAACGGUGACACCUCCACACCUGCGCCUCCUGCUACCCUGAGCAGCACGCCUGCUGCAGCGUUACCCGCCUCUGCGUUGCCAGUCGGCACCAUUGUGUCUCCCGUUGUUCCAAAGACAACAGUCCAACCCGACCCCGCCAAAAGCACAAUGCCUAGUUUUACUGAACCGGGCACAUUCAUCCUGAAAGUGGUGAGCACCAGCGUGAAUGCCGUGCUUCCUGUGAAGUCGACAGGCGGCACAGACACCGACAUGGAGAAAGCUACAAGCACACAGGCUGCAGAAAUCAGCAACGACAUCAUAAUCAAGCAGACAGAUAUGACGAUGACAGAGCAAAAGAAUCCGCUGCAGAGUGCACCUGUGGAGGAGCACACAUGUGUGGACAAGGACGCAAUGAAAGACCGGAGCGUGGUGAGGCUGACUCUGAAUACCAAGGACACCACCUGCGACCAGUUCAAAGUCUGGCUCGACGAAAUUGGACCAGAACUGUGCAACAGCUGCAAAUUUAAUAUAUUCCAGGAAGAUGACAUUGUUCUUGCCGGAGGCAAAGACGUCGAAGCUGACCCAGUAGGCAUGGCUGAGAAAUUCAGUUCUGAAAACAUUAAAAAUAAGCUGAAGGUGGUGGACGCCAAGCCCCUCUGGGGAAAAACUACACCCACGGUGCUGGUCUCCCUGCUGCUGCUUGGCCUGCUACUGGCCGCCCUGCUCAUCGCCGGCUACUGCCUGAAAGGUCGCUGGAUGGGCAGAGCCAAGGGAAAGAGACUGGCUGAGGAGCCCUGUCAGACACACGAAGACAAUGAGUGCCAGUCAGUAUCAGUGACGCCCCUCAACCCGUCAGAGGCCCAGGAGAAGCCCACCGUCAACGGGGAGUCCCCAGAUGGCGGCAAGAACCAGCCAGCCCCCGCCACCACCAACGGUCACUCUGCGGCAAAGAGUGCCGUGGCCGACACAGAGCUGUGAGCCCUCCCACGUUCGGCCAUAGCACCCCGAUCACCCCCCCACCCCCCCACCCUUACUCAGCCAUACUUGACCUGCUUUGUGGGCACGGGAAAAUGAUAGAGAUGUUUUCCUUUCCUCAAAAAGUCUCACCAAAUAAACAAGAUGAUAACUCCCCAGUCCUUAAAAGUAAUGGUGAGGAUAGUAAUGAUGGAUGAUGAUAAUGAUGAUGAUCUUGCCAUACAUAAUGUGAAGAAACAACCCCUGACUGCCGUCCCCAAGGAUACUCACGGACCUAAAAGUACUGGAACCAUUUAGUAAGUUGCCUUGUGAGACCUCCAGGAAGUCGGUACCGAAAUAGUGUCACUCUCAUCAAACCGCUGUGCCAUUCGACACCUGAGAGGACCUUCUGCUUAUCAGCGUGUUUUCAAAGAACUGCCAGUGCAGAUGAAAAACAGGCCAUCUGCAAUUUUUAGGGUCAGACUCAGUCAUAAAUCAGCCCCUAUGACUGACCGUUUUCUAAACCUGUAAGGAGCUGUUGAUACUUCUGCAAGAUAAAUGAAUCAAGCUCUCAGUUUCUCUGCUAUGUACAUAUGUAUGUUUAGAUAGUAUCGAAGUAUCUCUGUUAUAAAACUGAAUGACAACGUAGUGACAAGGGAUGUCAGCAAGAGGAACUGGUCAGAAAGGCGAAGACCUGACCUCCUUCUGUUGCUAACUUUCUCACAUCUGAAGCAACAGUAAAUCUACCUUUCAUUACCGCAAAAUCAGCCAAUAGGAUUUCAGGAUGUAGUAAGGUGAUCUGUCAUUGGCCAGCAGAAAAUUCAUCAGCCACUGCUGAGACUCCAAAAGGCAUAUGACCAGCCUGGGAGAUCUUUGGCCUCUGUUAGUAAUCAAGCCUUUUUUGUCAGUAUUAAUCAUUUAAAUUAAUCAUUUAAAUGUUUUCUGUGUUAUUUGCAACUUCAGUCUUUUUUUUUUUGAUUGGUGUUGUAGUGUUUUUUAUGACUAACUACUGAACAUCUGCAUGUCCCUCUGGCCAUACAGAUGUAGAAAAAAUGAGAGAAGUGUGAGCGGUUUCUGAACACACUCAGCAAAGCUUUAAUAUUUUAUUUGUGAAUUGUCACUAAAACUAUAUAUAUCCAGGCUUUGUUAUUGUACCAUCUCUGGCCCUGUGCUCUAAACUAAGCUUCUCCUGACGUGAUCCACAUCCCAGUAAAGGUUAAAAGAACGUCUGACUGAUUUUUUCAUAGCGUGCAGUUUUUAUAUGUCAGUGAAAGUGGCUUGUUUUCUAGUUCCACUGGUUUGAGAAGGGGGUGUAACAGUGGAAAUAUACUUUAACCCAUAAAUAGGUUAUCUUAAAAACAAGAAAGUUAGCCCAGAUACUAACUAAAUAUUUACUCUGGACAUUUUUCACAACACACGUUUUCUUCUUGGCAAUGUAAAGAUUUAAUGUGUCAUCAUUUCCCUUAUGUCAAGAACUCAAUUAUCAAAACGACAAAAUCACCCUGCACUGAAGUUCCCAGGAUCCAUUCCAUCUAUGUGAAUGCAUGUCUUUGAUCAAAACUUUUAAAUGUUAAUCUUUUCUGAGGCAGGUCUGCUUUGCCUUGAUUAAAUGAAGCGUUACGACACAUAAACUUUUGAUUUCCCUAUUUCUACAUAUGUUAAAAAAACUCGUUUAUAUUAUAUUGUGCAACCUCCUGGUCAGUAUUUGCUUCAUUUAAUUUCAUUUGCCUUGGCUGUGUGAUAUUGAAAAAAGAUAUUGAAAAACUCUGCGUUGUUUUAAGUCGACAAAAUAAUUCUUAGGAGAAUAUGUCCGACAAAGUUCAAAGCCCACUCACAUGCUAUUUUUAACCCAGUAAUCUAAGAUUGUGAACAUUUUUGGAUACAUGACCGGAAAUGAUGCGAAUCGCAAACAUUUUAACCUGCAGAAAUGGCUGUUCUUGUUUUUACAUUCCGGAACUAACUUUGGAUUCUACGAGCAUGACACAUUUCACUUGAUUUAUUUUCAGAACAAAAAUGGAAGCUGCGAAAUAAACACAUUUUGUAUGAAUGGAAA